CAUUUCUUUGUACAAAACCGAGUAAAAGAACAAGAUAACUAUGGCUAACCAAAUGUUUUUCGUUUCUUUCCUAGUAACCCUUGCCUUAGCCAUUCAUGGCAUCCAUGCUGUUGAAUAUGAAGUCACCAACAACGCUGGGAACACUCCGGGUGGAGUUCGUUUCAACAAUGAGAUUGGGUCUGACUACAGUAAGCAAACACUGAUUUCUGCCACAGAUUUCAUAUGGAGUCUCUUCAAACAAAGCACUGAUGCGGACAGAAAGAACGUGCCCAAAGUGAGCUUGUUCAUCGAUGACAUGGAUGGAGUUGCAUAUGCUAGCAACAACGAGAUUCAUGUUAGUGCAAGGUACAUCAAUGGCUUCUCUGGCGACGUGAAAACCGAAAUCACUGGAGUGUUAUACCAUGAAAGCACACACAUAUGGCAGUGGAAUGGUAAUGGACAAAACACUCCAGGAGGAUUGAUUGAAGGAAUUGCUGAUUAUGUGAGGUUGAAGGCAGGGUAUGCGCCUAGCCAUUGGGUGCAGCCUGGGCAAGGAAAUAGCUGGGAUCAAGGCUAUGAUGUUACGGCUCGGUUUUUGGACUAUUGCAAUAGUCUUAGUGAUGGGUUCGUGGCUGAAUUGAAUAAGAAAUUGAAGGAUGGUUAUAGUGCUAAUUUCUUUGUUGAACUGCUGGGGAAGACUGUUGAUCAGCUCUGGAGUGACUACAAAGCCAAGUAUGCAAAAUAAGAGUGCUGAUUAAGAGCUAAUUUAUAUGAAUAAAAUGUUGAAUCAUACUAUCAUGCAAUUACUUAAUUCAUGAGAUAAAUAAAUGUGCUGAGAUUAUUAUUUA